AUGUACGAGAUGCUGUCGGUGGCAGAGACGGCGGGGGCGGAGGAGAUCAAGGCGGCGUACCGGAGGCAAGCGAGGCGGUGGCACCCGGACGCGUGCCGCUCCUCGGGGGACGAGCGCCGCUACGCGGAGCGGUUCAUGCGGGCGCGCGAGGCCUACGAGGUGCUCUCCGACCCCGCCCACCGCCGCCACUACGACCUCGCCCUCUCGGCCGACCGCUGGACCGCCGCAGCGUUCCGCGCGGACGAAGCGGGGGGCCGAGCCCGGGCGCCGCGCGACGGGGGCUUGAGCGAGUGGGAGGCCCAGCUGGAGGGGCUGAGGCGGAGGUCGGCUGUGGCUGCGGCGGCGGCGGCGGAUGCGGACGUCGGUGCGGAGGAGACGUGGGCCGGUCGGGUGCGGAGGGCCCGCACCGGGCCGGUCCGUCCAUCGGAUUUGUGA